CUCGUCGACGUGGCCGUUGAGGGUGGCCAAGUGCAUCAGGUUCUCUUUGCAGAGCUCAUCAGGGGGGGCCCACCAUGCCUGGUUCUGCUGCUCUCCCGCGUGCUAAGGGUCUAUUCAGUGACUGGCAAUGCAGGGGCCCCCAGAGGCUCCCAGAGCCAAUUCCCGGCAGGGGCCCCCCUGCGGUUCCUAUGUGAGAUGCGUCUGGGAGGUCCCGCUCUAUUAGCAGCAGUCAUUCCUUCCAGCGGGAGGGGUAACACCGGUGGUCUUCUGAGCGGCUCCAACGACCAUGGAGCCUCUGCUAGCGGAGAUGAUGGCAUCCCAGGAAACGCUUCUUGCGCUGCUUUGGCUGACGCUACUUGUUCUCCAGCGCAGGCCGCAUGCAGCGGGGCCCCUGGAAUGGGCGACCUUCUGCUUCUGUUGCUCGCGGGAUACCGGGCCGUGAUCUGUCACUACAGUGAAGAAAUUGGGGGCCUGCGGACCCUCAGCAUGCACUCAUUCGCCGAGCUAGGGCCCCGUGCUGCUGCAGUCAAUGCGCUCCUCGUGGGGCCCCCGCAUAUCAAGCUAGCGGAUGAGGGGCCCCUCACAGAGGUGGACGACGGAACAUGGGGGCCUCAGGGAUCCCUGUCCAUCCCAGCAGGCCAGUUGCCCGUCACCACGCUGCGUGCCAUCACAAGGGCGCACGUCUUUGACUUGGAAUCCUUCGACGCGAGGGGCCCCUUUGAGGGCCCCUGCGGAGCUCUCGGAGAGCCUAAGGCCAAGGGGUUCCUCGCGCUUUUCAGUGUGGACCUGUUACAUGUCGUUUGCUUGCAUCUUAGCCUCAGAACAGAGGGCCCCUCUUCAGCGAGUGCAGUCGCACCCACCCCACCGCCAGCAGUGGCGGCAGCACAGGGAGACGCCACAAUUGAUGGGACCCCCCUUUCGCCUCCUAUGGGCCCCCAUCCCUCCACCUUAGGGGCCAACAGAUAUCUGGAAAAGGCCCCUUCUCACGUGCAAACGUCUCCUGGGGGGGGGUUCCUGUGUCCUCCUUUCGCCGCAGCGGGGCAAGGAAAGAGUUCUGUGGCGGGGGGCCCCUCUUCGUGCUCCCCAUGGCCUCCAGAGGCUAUGGGGGCCUCCCCUGUGUUGGAGAAGGGGACGCCGCCGCCGACUGCGGGGGCCCCUGGGAUGUUGGGGAUGGGUCACCUCAGUACCUUGCCUCCAGUAGCCUUCCUUGCAGCCGCAGUGCAGCGGCAGCAACAGCAGCAUCAGCAAGCAGCAGAGGCCAUAGGGAACCUAGAAAGCUUGGGAGAGGGGACCUCUGGGAACGUUGUUGCGGAUGGCGAACCCCAAGAGUCCUCCUCCCUGUGGGGUUACCACAACGUGUUGGGGACUGGCCUCUCUGUUGCUUCCUGCUUUUUCCUCUCUCUCGCUACCGACGUGCCUUUGCCCCCUGCAACUGCUGCUGCCGUGGCUGCUGCUGCUGCCCCGGGUGCUGCAUUCGUCGACGCGGAUACUGCAGCUGCAACUGCUGCCGCGGCUGCCACUUCGGCGGCUGCGACUGCAGGAGCAGCAGGUCUGCCUUACCUGUUGCUCGACAUGGUACCUGUCGCUUCACUGCUGUCGCCUUCCGCUGCCUUGCUGAUGGCUGAAGGGCCCAGAGAGCUCGGCCUCAUGCCCUUUGCAGGGUCCCCUGGAGCCGGGGAGGUCUUCGCUCUGCUGCUGGCGAUACACCCAGAGGAGCGAGACAUUCAAAUCAUCGCCAAGAUACCUUCUCUCUUAGGAGACACAUUUGCGCUUCUGUCAGCCCCUUCUCAUCCAGACGGCCUAAUCUGCUUGUCACCUGACUCCGUCUCGUUCCUUUCCUUCAGCGGGGGGGGCUGCGGCGGUGGAACACAGCGGCUGGGGGACGCUCAGCAGCAACAACAGCAGCCAGACAGCCUCAGUGGCAGGACUGUAGGGCUCACGCACAUUGUGCAUCCUGCGGGUCUUGUGCGGAAGGACCUUUUGCAUCUGCCUUCGGUUGUCUUCGACUGCAGCAGCCUUAGACUCAGGCUUGAGGGAGCUGCAGCGGCCUUCCUCUCGGGAAGCUGCCUUUUCCUUUUGUCGGCAGAUGGAAGACCGGCCCUUGCACACCUGGUGAUAACUGCGGGUAAGGGGAUCACAGACUUCCUCUGGACGUCCGUAGAGCUGCUCUUCCCGGCUGGAGGGGGGUCCCUAGACUGUCAUUUGCCACAGGCAUCGGAGUGUCUCUCUGGUCAACUGUUGCUGCCACGGUCGGACUCCCUUGCUGUGUGGAAUCUAGGAUCACCAACAAAUAAGGCUGUGCAGCCCGUCUCAGUGGACAGCAACAAUCGAUACUUACUUGCGCUUGGAGGGCGGAUACGGGAAGGUACUGGAAUAUGCCUUGUAGUGGCUGAGCCUCAGCAGGUUGUGGCACCGCGGAGGCCCUGGGGAGGCCCUCCUGGCGCCUCCCGCGACUUGCAGUGGGGCCCUUCUUCGAUUUUUUCGGAUGAGAGCGCAGCGCAAGGUCUUGCUUCGUUAGAAACUUGCUGCAGCUUUGUCCCUGAGCUGCAGCGAAGGAAGGGCCCGCAGGCAGAGCAGCAGCAGCAGCCGCAGCAGCAGCAGGAGAUGUAUACCACUGAUGGCAAGCAGCUGAUAGAGAUAUUUCCUGAUGGUUCUGUCGAAGUGGCACAGCAGAGAGCCCCGAUUCUCAGGCACGCCGAGCUGCAGGAGGAGGACGGGCCUCUCCCUCAGUCUUCCCCUCUUGGGUAUCUGCACUGGUUAAGGACGCAGCAAGCUGCGGCUGCAUCUGCUGCUGCUGCAGAUACAGCGGGUGCGGCCGCGUCUUCUCAGGACGCUGCUUCUCUGAAAAACACUGCGGACAUCCCUUCGUCGAUUGCUGCCGCAGUUGCUGCACUCAACAGCAGCAGCAGCGAGCAGGACGUCGCGUACCCGGUGAUCGAUCACCUCGGCCUUAUAGUAGGGGCCCCCGAGGGCCCCCCCCUCUUGCCUACUUUUCGCUUUGUCGUGGCAGACCGCCUCCCACCCCAGGGAAUUCCAGCGCCCCGCUGUGUGACGUUCCUUCCCUUGCCGCCUUGGGAGCUCCCCACAGCUGUCUCUGUGGGGCAUCAGGAGGAGGAGCAGCCGCAGCAGCUGCAGCAGCAACAGCAAGCACUCGAAGCCUUCUGUAGCAGUGCUGGAAACAGCAGAUUCCUCACAGCUGGGGGCCUGUGGCCCCAUGGGGCCCUGGGGGCCCUCCAGCGGGCGGUACCCUGUCGCCCGCUGAUUGUGGCCCCUACAGAUGAGGGCAACCCCAGGAUUUUGUGGGCACUCCAGCAGCAGAACCACCAAGAGCAUGGGCUUCUCCUGUUGAGCAGUGACCCCCGCAUGGGUGUUGGGGAGACGCGCGUGUUCUCACUUAGGGACGGAUACUUGAUGGAUUUAACCGCAAGAGCAGCUGCAGCUUCAGCAGAGGCCAGCAGCACCCUAGACACCGUAGGGGCUGCUCUGUCUCUGGACGUUCCAACGCUCUUUGCAGCCUCUCUUCUGGGGGGCCUCGCGAUGGUGCAACUGACAGCCGAGGAGCUGCGGGUGCUCGGGGCCUCCGGGAAGACGCUUUUGUGCCCUCCAAUAGACAUGAACGAGUUGCCCGCAGCCCCCUCGCCACCGCUGCAGCAGCAACCAGAGGCUACUGGCCCCAAUGCAGACGCAGCAGAUGAAGGAGGCUGUCUGGCAGACAGCAAGUUCCCAGCGGAUGCAUCUGCGGCCAUGGACGUCGAUACCGAAGAGAAGCUUCUGCGUGGACGCGCUCAGCAGACAGAAGACAGGAAGGGCUCUUGUGAGGAGCCGCACGAAGCCAGGGAAGAAGCUAUGACCGCCCCUUCCUCCGGAGAGGCUGCGUGGAAUGCAAGAGGAGGGGCCCUGCCCGGUGCGUUUGCAGCUGCUGUGCGGGGUAGCGCGGCUGGGAAUUGGGUGUGCGUGGUUCUGGAUGACUUUCGCCUUCGCCUUUGGCAAAUUGAUGACGCAGCAGUGGCUGCAGCGGCAGGCCCCCGCAAGGGUGUGCCGUCCGAGCAGCACGGACAGGUGCAACAGCAGCAGCUACUGCAUGAGGUGUCUCCGAGUGCAAUGCCCUGCUGCAUGCGGGGCCGCGUGAAGAGUGCACAGCUUUAUGUACACCCUAGGGCACCCACGGGGGGUGAGGACGAGACUGGCACUGGGAGCCUCCAGCCGUCCGAGGCUUUGUGCUGUCUGGUGACUCUGGAGGGGCCAAUGAAAAUACAGGCUCUCCACGUGGUCUCUCUGCAGCGCAUGGAGUGCCUCUUCAGCACCGUAGAUCUGCGCCUUGUAUCUCCUCUCCUUCGCAACUGUGGGUCCUGCGCCCAGCGAAUGCUGCACCACCAGGUGCAGCAACAAAUGAUGCAGUCGGAGGUGUUGCUCGUUUCCGGUGUAUCGGCAGCUACAGCGGCGGCAAGUUGCGAAGACGUCCUCGGAGACCCUGCACAGAGUGCCAGAUCCUGUGACGACCUGCUGCGCUCUGGCGAAAUCACGGAGGCGUCCAACGCAGGCCCGCCUCACCCAGUGAAAGCAGCAGCAGCUGCAGCUGCCGCUCUUGCUGAGGAGGGCAUACGAGAUGCACGGCGGUCGGUGACGUGUCUAGGUGCAACCCCACUGCCCCUCAUACGUCCAGCACAUGACGGCCCUGCUGCAGCCACUGCAGCUGUCCUAGAUGGCACAGUCUCCGAGGAGGCUGAAGCGGCAGGGGUAAUGGCAGCGCCAGAAGAGCUGCAGGAAGAAGUGCUAAAUGCUGAGCUGGUGCUGCUCGAACCCGAGGGAGACACCGGACCCACUCUCGUGGUGUUCCUUACGGGAAGGCCACCCCUCAUCUAUCGCGCAUUUGAGGCUGCGUGCACUGGCGGUGCCUUGUGUCUGGAUGACGGCCAAAAGACGCCUGGUCCCCUCUUUCCCAGGAAAAGGAGGUGCCAGAGCCCUCAGGCCAGUCCUCUGUUUCCCUGGUCAUUUCGACUGGAGCCUCAUAGCUGCACGGACUGCAUAGCAUCGAUCCAGAGAGCUGGAGCGGCAGAAGGCGAUCACGCUGCUGUCGUUGAACCCUCGGUAUACUUUGCUGUGGCCUCAGGAUACACGACAGCGUCGCAACAAGUUCAGCAGUGGGGUGGCGGUGUAGCUCUGUUGGUGCCUCCCCUCUCUCUGCCUGAUUCUCAGAGUUCUACCCAGCAGCAGCCAACGCAGCUGCCAGUGCUGUGGCUCUGUAGUAGCCGGAACCGGUUAUUUGUUCAUCCGAGUGAGAGAAGAGACACCUUCGGCGCUGCCGCGUUUACGUGGCCGCGAGGCCCCCCUGGAUCCUUCGCAUUUUUAUACGGGGUAGGCCCCUCAGUGUGCCUGUCGGAAAUUGCUGCACCCUUCGACAAGACGUCCUACUUUUCCAAUUUGAGACGAUCAGCAGCGGCAGCUGCGGCAGCGGCUGACGAGCUCCCCAAGACCACGGGGCCCUUCCGGCUGGAUGGGCCUCUUCCCUUCUGGUCAUUCUCCCUAGGGGCCUCCACGACGCACGUGGCUGUCUCAACAGGCACUUCGUACAUAUUGCCGCCGCAGUAUAUGCCAGAUGCGGCGGCACCUGCAGCAGCGGCAGGGGGGCGUCUCGUGGGAGUUGCACUGCACCACCCUACUGAGGAGAGUGAGCAAAUACGGCAAGUGCUGGAAAGCCGCAACGCCUUGCAGAAAGCACAGCUGGCGUUGCAGGGGCGUGCGGGAGCAGCAGCAGCAGCAGGUGCAGCGGGUGGAGACAAUGCGUAUGAGGAGGGAGCGCCGCUUCCCGGCUUUUCGGCUGCAGGAGGGGCAGAGGGAGAAGGGGGCGUCCAUCCGAACCCAUACCUCUCUGCAUGUGCUGACGGCCGGGUGGAAGUGGAGGGCGAGGCGGGCAGGCAGUAUGAAAUCGUGCUCUUCCAUCAGGAUAACCUCCAGUGCCCUUUGGGGUCUUUUCUGCUGAAUCCUUGCGAAGAAGUGAUGUCAUUACAGUUUGUGCUGCUGGAUGCCUUGGAAUUUCUUGCUGUGGGAGUUGGACAGCCUCUCAGCGAAGGCGUGGAGACGAUGGGCCGUCUGCUGCUGCUGCGCUUGCCACAGCUGCUGGCGUACGGACGUGCCGCAACUGCUGCUGCCACCGCAGCGAACGAGAUGCCGGAGGAAAUGGAUGGCGAUCUCCUGGCCCGCGGGGCAUUUGCGGACGUCGGUAUGGCAGUUACGGCCGUUUCUACUCUAAAGCACUUCGUCAUCACGGGGGAUCUCUACAGAGGCGUUUCUCUCCUCGCUUGGCGAUUUGACUCGGCCUCAGACUCGCGCCGCUUGGAACUUGUUAGCCGCACCGUGCCUCACUGGAUGCUGCCCGUGGCUGCGUGCGACGCCGUCACCGAAGGCGGCACCUUAGGGAUUUUGGCUGCCGACCCUUGGGGUAACGUUCGCCUCUUUUCCCUCAAUGGCACACAGCAGAGCUCGCCGCCAAUCUUGCAGCAGCUUCAGGUUUUGCGUUGCGACUCUGAGUCUAUGGAGGUGGAUGCUCCGGUCGUUGCGUUUAAGCAGCUGUUGACGGAAACUGGCGAUGUGGCGUCUGCUGCCUGGUCGGCUGAGGGAGGCCUUUUGUCAUUCCGUUUAGUUGAUGAGCCGACUGCGGACUUACUUCGCGAGCUUCAGGGCUGGCUGGAAACCUGCCUCCCCUCCGAAUGUGGCUUGUUUCCCACCGCUUCAAGGAUGCCAGCGGGGCCCCCAUCAAUUCACUUGCGUUUGUGGGUUGCAGAGCAGCAGCGGCAGCUACAGAAGCAGCUUUUACAGCAGUACCGCGCCCAGGACGAGGAUGCGGCGGCAGCUGCUUCAGCAGUAGCUGCCGAUGCCGCGAUAGAGGCUACAGAUGCUGGCAUGUUGCUGCAACAAAUGGAGUACAAGGCCCUUGACGCCAUGCGUUCUCGCCUUCCCGUCUAUGCACCGGUGCUGCGGUUGUUACCUCUUCUGUCCCUCCCCGUUCAACAGCAGCUGCUGGCAGCAGCGCCAUCGGGCCUCUUGCAUCUUUUGCAGCGCCACUUUGGGAGCUCGAGCACGGGGACCCCUCAGAGGUCCCCUUUCUCCUGGGUACGGCCCCUGUGUACGCACGAGUAUUGCCCAUGGGCCCUUCCUGGCUCCAUUCUCGCCUCUCCGACCAGUCAUUUGAGGGUAGAGUCUCUUUGUUGA